CUUUGCUGGUGAAUGUUUUAUUUACCAAUGAAUUUGCUUAAAAUGCUGACCUCUUUCCUUCUCUUCCUCUCUCUCUUUCAUUUCCUCACUGAAGCCAGAGAGGCAGAUCUUGUUCUCCUCCAUGAUUCAGGAGAAGCUGUCUGUCUUGAUGGCUCUCCCCCAGGCUAUUACUACAGACCAGGUGUAGGAGCUGAUGCCAAUAACUGGAUACUGCACUUGGAAGGAGGUGGGUGGUGUCCCAAUGAAGAUAAUUGUCUAGAUAGAAGCAAAGGCACACUUGGGUCUUCGAAAAAUUGGACCCAAACCACGUCUUUCUCUGGUUUCUUGUCAGAUGAACAAGAAUAUAACCCAGACUUUUACCAAUGGAACGUUGUGUUCCUUAAAUACUGUGAUGGAGCCUCAUUUGCUGGUUAUGUUGCUGAACCAGUUAAUGUGAAAGGUACUAAUAUAUACUUCCGUGGGUUUAAGAUACUUCAACUGAUCCUCCAAUCAGUGAUGGAUAAAGGAAUGAGCAAUGCCAAGGAAGUUAUACUAACUGGAUGCUCAGCUGGUGGACUUGCAACUUAUAUUCACACCAACUAUGUCAAGUCACUUCUGUCUCCUACAGUUAAAUUCCAUGCCAUUGCAGAUGCUGGAUACUUCAUUGAUGCUCCUGAUGUAAAUGGAGAAUGGUACAUUAGGACAUUCUACAGUGAUGUAUUUAAUAUGCAGAAUUGCUCAGAUGGUGUUAAUCAAGACUGCAUUGCAGCAUAUAAAGGAACCAAUGAAACGUGGAAAUGUUUCAUGGCACAGUAUACUUAUCCCCACAUCUCUUCUCCAAUCUUUUCGUUUAACUCGCAAGUCGACACUUGGCAGCUGGUAGCCAUACUAAAACUUGAAUGCAAACCGCCAAAUUGCACAGAAGAACAAAUGAAGCAAUUCUUUAACUUCUACGAAGAAUUCAAGAAAGCAUCAGAGCCGAUAGUUAGCUCAACAGUAAAUGGAGCAUUUCUAGAUUCGUGUUUGGCUCAUUGUCAAACACUGGAUAAUCAAGGAUGGGCUGUCAGAUCAGUACAAAAUCAAACUGGAGCGACUACAUUUGGGAACUGGUACUUUGAGAGGUCUGGUUUAAAGAAUAUUGCUGAUUGUAGCUACCCAUGCAACAAAUCCUGCUAAAGAACAAGCUGAACUACUAAUAAUUUAUGCUUAAUUUGCUAUAAAAAGAUAAUGCUAUUUAAGACAUAAUUGCAUCAUAUUUUUACUUA